AUGACCGACCUGCCCAACUGCCUGUGGCUUUCUUUCCAGAACACUGUGAUCAAAGCGGCUCCUGAACGAGUUCGGCCGGCUACCGAGGAAGAAAAUCUUUCCCUCUCUGGUUGGAUGAGCGGUAUCGCCCAAGUUCGCAAAGACUUUGAAGCGGCCCCCAAGCGAGGAUUUGUUGACUUGACCAAAGACCUGGAUCCCCCGGAGUUCUCAGGCGACGAGCAGGAGCCUCAACCAGGAACCGAUGCCGGACAACCUCCUGUCCGUCGUGUUCGCCGAAAGACAGGCGACUAUGAGGUACGUCCGGAGGAUGAUAUCCUACCGGACCUUUCAGGUCCAGGAGCUAAUGCUGGUCUUCCUUCGGUCCCACCGGAAGCUCCGAUGGCUGUGGAAGAAGAGGCUCCACCAGCAGUUCCCCUUAUGGAGCCUGAACCGAAUACCGAGGACAUGGACCUAGAAGGAACGGUGCCGGGCCUUCAAGACAACAAACGGGAGCUCGAGGCGGCUCCGGAACCUCCAGGAAAGCGAAGCCGGAUCGAGCUGCUUGAGGCGUACAAUCUUCAGAUGCAAGCGCUUCAGCGUCAGCGACAGCGAAAGGAAUCUACGGCCAAGGACUUCCAAGGCAAAGACGCAGACAGGCUUCAAAGGGCGAUCCAGAAGGAGAUCCGGAACAACUUGGAGACUGGUGCCUACCGCCUCCUGUCACUCAGCGAGUCCGAGGCGGUUUUACGGGACAAACGCGAGAAGGUGAUGAACUCCCGCUACGUGCUGACGAAAAAGCCCCUGGAGCCUUCCGACAUCGCCGCCGCGCAGGCCGAGGACACCCUACUUGAAGACGACGGCUCCGGGCCCCACAAGGCCAAAUGCCGGCAUGCAGCCGCGGAGGUUGAAAGUACUACCCCUCAGGUGAGCCGGGACUCGGUGAUCUUCGUGACUCAAGUGCUUGCCUCCAUGGGUUGGGACUUCGGAUAUGUUCGGAGCAUUGCGGAUCCUUGUGUGUUUCUCCUACAUGGACAGGGAUCCCAGUCCGGAUCCUUAGACGGCAUUGUUGGGGUAGCCACAGAUGAUUUGCUUCAUGGAGGCACGGAACGCCAUUGGCAAGUGAUCGAGAAGAUUGCUACGGAGUACAAGUUGGGAAAGAACCAGACAGGAACAGGCCGGUUCACCGGCAAGGACAUCAAGCUGCAGGAGGACGGCUCCAUCACGAUCGACCAGGCCUUCUACGUGUCGGACAAGGUUCACCUGAUCAAGAUCGGCCGCUCGAGAAAGCAGCAACGGUACUCCAAGUGCACACCUUCUGAGAUAGAACAGCUUCGGAGUCAGCUGGGGGCUUUGGCCUGGCUGGCUAAGGAGACCCGAUGUGAUUUGUCCGGGAGGGUGGCAUUGUUGCAACAGGCUUUUCCCCAGCCAAGAGUGGCGGACAUCAUCGAGGGCAACAAGAUUGCGGAAGAAGCGCACAAGUACGCUACUACAGGCAUCAAGGUGAUGCCUAUACCCUGGGAGCGGCUUCGAGUUUCUGUGGUUACGGACGCAGCUUGGGGAAACGCAAAGGAUUGCGUUUGGAUUGAGGAUAACGAGUCCGACUGGUGGGAGGAAACUUCAGAAUCCUGGGUUCGUCAUCAUGCCGCUCCUCGACGUACAGCUUUCCAUCCGGGAGCUGCUCCUGACGGACCGGAUCUCCAUCAACUUACUGGACACCGGCACACAGUCAUGUUUUCUGUGCCAGAGAGCGAAGAGCCGCGCAAGGACGAGCUCACGGACGUCUGGUUUGAUUCCAAGGGGAUCAGAGUUCUGAAGGACCAACCCUGGACUGGGACCACUACUUUCAAAAAGACUACGGAGCCCGGCCAGCAA